GAUGACCGCAUACGGUGCAUUCCUUCACAAGGGGUCCUUCUGCCGGAACUACUUCAACAUCCUGGAUCUGCUGGUGGUUGCUGUCUCCCUCAUCUCCAUGGGAAUUGAGUCCAGCGCCAUCUCCGUGGUGAAAAUCCUGAGGGUGCUGAGAGUCCUGCGGCCGCUGCGGGCCAUUAACAGAGCGAAGGGGCUGAAGCACGUAGUCCAGUGCGUGUUCGUGGCCAUCAAGACCAUCGGCAACAUUGUGAUUGUCACCACCCUGCUGCAGUUCAUGUUCGCCUGCAUCGGGGUGCAGCUCUUCAAGGGGAAGUUUAGCAGCUGUACGGAUCCGGCCAAGAUGACAGAAGAGGAAUGCAGAGGCAACUUCAUCGUGUACAUGGACAGCGGCCCCAAGCAGCAAGAGCUGUACCCGCGCGAGUGGGUGCACAACGACUUCCACUUCGACAACGUCCUCUCAGCCAUGAUGUCGCUCUUCACCGUCUCCACCUUCGAGGGCUGGCCGCAGCUGCUGUACAAGGCCAUUGACACCCACACCGAGGACAUGGGCCCCAUCUACAACUACCGGGUGGAGAUCGCCAUCUUCUUCAUCAUCUACAUCAUCCUCAUCGCCUUCUUCAUGAUGAACAUCUUCGUCGGCUUUGUCAUCGUCACCUUCCAGGAGCAGGGCGAGAGCGAAUACAAGAACUGCGAGCUGGACAAGAACCAG